AUGGAGGAGGCUCGGCAUCCGCCAGCGUCUCCGGUGCUCACCACAUCUGCCGCAGAGCCCGAGGCAGCUUCAGCCCGCCAAACUGAGAACGGUCCGAUGGAUAUCCCCCCUGUUGGUGAUUCUCCCGAUGAGGGGAGCAACUCGCCCCCCCCCCCGACGGACGUUUCUACCCUCUCUUUCUCGCAAAUCCCAGAAUUUUGCCAUAUCGAGGAUGUUGACCAGGGCUGUCCCCACGUUGGAAGUCACCACAAGAAUAGCGUAUUGCAUUCCGCUGCUCCCACACCAAUCGGGUCGAGAAAACCUUCCAGCGCCGCCUUGCACAAUAUGGCGGCGGAAGACCAGAGUGUGUUGCCAUACACGAAGCAGAGCCAGGGGGAAGGUUAUUGCAGUGCCGGUGAGGAGCCUUUAGAGGGCGAGGGAGAAGAUAAAGGGCUAGAAAUGAGGGUAAAAACGAAAGUGGAUUUGGGUAUGGGGUAAAUUAAUUCUUUUGUUUACGCUUGUUUUCUAAUCACGUCAUUCCUGUCUCUCCCCAGAUUCAUCAAGCAACGUCCCAUCAAAUGCGAGCUCACAAGUUGAAGAAUCAUACAUCGCACACUCUGCCACUCCAGUCGACCACCCUGUACCUGCAGGAGACCCUAAACCUGUUAUUGCCGAAUCACGGCCCGUCUAUCCUGCCCCAGAAACAGCGCCCUCUGAGGGUUCGGUCGAGUCGGAAGAAAACCGGCCAAUAGGAAAUCAACAAGUUCCCGACUCCGCGUUCGAGGCAGAGAUCAAUUGGGGGUUCGAUGAUAUGGCUGCUCUCCAAUCACACGUCAACGGCACAGGCCCAUUUGAGUUGCUAAAGCAGCAAGAACCCGAACGAUCCUCGAGUUUUCCCCAAGUUGAGUUAGAAGAGCAACAUCGAGCGCCUGGGCAGGGUGACACCGAGCAGGCGUUAUUCAAGAUCAUGGCUUCAGAGAUUGCCACUGGAGGCGGUGAUCGGGGAAUGUUCGACACGCCUUCCGUUGAGCAUGGUGGGUUUUUCGAUACCACCGGUGUCGCUGGAACCGAAGAGAGCUUUUUUCACGGGUUUGUUGGGAGCGCAGCAGGCAAUCCUACGGCAUCCGUGGGACAGGUUGCGAAUAGUGGAGUUACCACGGCCGGCCCGGGUCUGGAUACUGGAGGGAAUAUGGAUGAGGAUGCUUCGAGAUUUGAGGAAGGCCUGCCCUUGAUUAACAACGGUGGUGGGGCUAAAGAGGUCUCAGACCUUUUCGGCGACGUGAAGAUCGACGAUGAUUUAUUCGAAGGAUUAUGUUCUAGUGGCCCGGAUACUGGAGGCGAUGGGAUCCCGGGACCAAAGAGAAAAUCUACGAUUCAGGUCAUUGAUGGGCUCAAAGGGCGCACGCAUCCACACCACUCUGGUAAGGGUGUAGCCGCGGGUUCGAGUACUCUUAUAAGCGAAGUUGGGCCGAGUGCACCGCCGGCUGAGCACCCAAUUGUAUCUCUGUUCGGUGGCUCCGAGGAGAACUCGAGUCAACCAGAUGGUGAGGAUUUCUUUGGGCAAGUCCAGCAGCAACACAAACCAGAUCAACAAGCACCCGAGCAAGAGGCCCCUGAUGAUUUGACGGCGCGGUGGAAGGCCGCACUAGCCGGGGAUGAAUUAUUGGCUGAUGACAGCGAGGGAUUCCUGCCGAGUGACGAUGAGGGGUUCUUGCCUGACUCCGACGAUGAGACCCCCGUUCAGAAACCUGUUGACGGACCCGACGGAGCUCUUCGGGGAUUUUCGAGUACCUCCAUAGGAAGCGCCCCACAAGCUCCAUCAAUAGCUCCGCGGUAUACUCCGCAAACACAGAUCCCGGUGCAGUCCCCUAUUCAGCCACAAUAUGGUGGGACAUGGCCAGCACAACAACCUCAGCAAACUCCUUAUAAUCCGUAUGCACCUCCACACCAGGCUUUCCAAGCGCCGGUAUCCCAUGUGCCCGGCCCUCCGCCGGCUACCACAUACUCCGCCUUUGGAGUUCGCCCCCCGCCAGCACCUGAAAGGAAAGCCCAGAGCUUUGUGGACAAAAACGAGGGUUAUCAAAGUCCAUAUGAUUUACCUCUGGACAUAGGGCCCCCAGUGACCAGGAAGAGGCCAUCUAAUCUCCAGCAGUCGCAGAGCGCUAUACCUGCGGGAAUAGGAAACAUACCUGGUCAACCCCCCCCAGUAAGGAGCAGUAGUAUGGGUGCGGCAUUCUCUGCCGGGGCUCCUACUCAAGCUCAACCACAGGGGCCUCCGAAACCAAAGGGCGUGCUGCAGCAGAAGUUCUUUGAAGAGCUGCCCCUUAUACCUCCAAAGCAGAGAGCGACCUCAGCGCUAGGAAGGCAUCCGGAACCGAUGAAUCGGGUACCCUCCGAGACUGGCAGUUAUCAGGUGGCGCCUCCGAGACCCGAGAGCACGCAAGGAUUUUACCACAGCACACAAAAAUCAUUCGCUCAGACGGUCAUGGGAUCGCCCCAGCGGGUGUCCGCGCAGUUAGCUCCCCAAACAGCCACUGCAACAAGUAGGUACUCCCCCGCUCCUCGAGCGACCUCUGGUAUGUACACCGCACCUCCCACCACUGCAGCAUCGGCAAGGUAUUCCCCAGCACCGGGCGCAACGAUGGGUUACCAAGCUCCUCCGAAUACAACCCACCCUCCAGCCCCGAGUGCGGCCCCGUACCCUUUGCCUACGAGUGCCCCUCCAGCUGCUGGAAUGAAAUAUGCACCUCGGCCCGCCGGACCGCCGCAGGUCGGAAGUAGAGUUCCGUCCGGUGGAUCUGUCCCACCCCCGCGUCAUCCAGCUACACACCAACCUUUGAUGAAUCCGCCACCAAUGACUCCCCAGGGCCCUUCGUAUCAACACUCAUUUACGGCAUCUCCGCCUUCUCAACAUCCUCAUUCUCCGGAGGAUCCAUCUCAUAGCCAUCCAAGACGGUUCUCCGGUGAGCACCAUACCAUGCACUCUUCGCGCCCAGGAACUGCGAGAUCUGUGCAGGUUUCGGCGAUGGAUAUACCAAGGGAGGAGGAGGAAGAAGGCGCAACUAACCUGCUCCACACGAUUCAGAAUAACGGGCACCCUUCACAAUCGUCCCAACCUGGUGUCCCCCCACCUGCGCAAGGCCGGUAUGCACCCUCAAGAGGUUCCGGGAGAGAUUCGCCCGCUAGUUUGCCUUCGGUUACUCGCCAAAAUACAUUUACCCCUCCUCCUCCACCUUCAACACAAUCCCCUAGAUAUAAUCCUAAUGCGUUCCCUCAGAGGGCAAUCUCUCCCGAAACUACCUUUCAGCCGCCUCCAAGAGCGCAAACCCAAUCGCCUGGCAUGGCAUAUGGCAAGGCUAAUAAGAUAACCCAAAGACCAAGAGAUCCAUAUGAACGACCUAGCUCUGCCUUCGCCCAUAGCAGUUCCGCAUCUUAUGCGUCCGCGGAUCCCCACCAACGCCAACAAUAUCUAGGGCUCAACUUUAUGGCUCCAAACGACGAGACCCGCCAAGAUGUCUUACAGAGGUGGCAAGGUGCGCCUGUAUUUUGCUGGGGAUUCGGUGGAAGUAUCGCGUACACAUUUCCUAAACGGGUUCAAAGGUAUACUUCGGAUAUGCAACAGCCAGUGAUCAAGUGCUCUCCCGGAGAAGUCAAGAUUAGAAGUAUUAAGGAAAUUUUGCCGUUCGAAGAAUCAGAGAACAAAUUUCCUGGACCAGCGUGGUCGGGUUCCAAGAGUACAAAUAAGGCAAAGAAGAAAGAGCUAUUGGCUUGGCUCACGAACAAGAUCGGGGAUCUAGAGAGAAGAGCGCAGGAAGGGGGAACAAGGGCGGAAGAGAAGGUAUUGCUGUGGAAGAUUGUCAGGACUCUACUGGAAAAUGAUGGAGUUUUGGAAGGAAAUUCAGAAGUCGAGAGGACUGUAAGAGCUACCUUGUCACCGGAAACGGUGGAAGAGGGCAUAGGCGAUCAUGGGGCAUUCUCUGCCGUGGGAGAUAUGCCUUUGAACACACAAGGCCCAAGUAUCGAACGGGCUGAUAUCCAAGCCGUCAAGACUAUUAAGAAUAAUCUCCUCAGGGGCGACCGGGCAGCGGCUGUUUGGCAUGCUGUGGAUCACAAGUUGUGGUCACACGCGCUGCUUAUAUCCGGGACUGUUGGCCGUGAAUUGUGGAAGCAGGUAGUUCAAGAAUUUGUGAAGAACGAAGUCAAGACACUUGGGGAGGAUGCAGAUAGUCUGGCUGCUCUCUACGAAACGUUUGCUGGUAACUGGGAAGAUUGUGUUAAUGAGUUAGUGAGCGCUAGUGCUAGGAUGGGAAUGCCGAUGCUGGGUGGUGCUUCCCGGAGCGGGAGUGUGAAUAUUGACGAGAAACUUGGCCAGUGGAGAGAAACAUUGGGCCUGAUUCUAAGCAAUAGGUCUCCGGGUGAUGCAGAGUCAAUAAUGGCGCUGGGGAAGUUGUUGGUUGGGUACGAUAGAGUUGAAGCUGGCCACAUUUGGUACAUAAUCUUUUUGUGAAUUUGGAGGAAAGGAUUAAACUAAUGCUCUCUUAAGCUAUCUAUUUGCCCGCCCGGGGGCCCUGGGCGGCACAGGAUCCGUUUUCAGUGGUCAUGACGAUCCGGCCGCCGAUUUCUCGUUAUUGGGCGCAGAUCACCGACAGGCGCUGUUUGGGAGAGACGCCGACUCGGCCAUGCUUAGUGAGGUUUACGAAUUAGCGGUAUCACUUUGCGCAACCCCCGGUCCGGGCUUUCCUCACCUCCAGGGCUAUAAGCUUCAACGCGCGAUUGUCCUCGCCGAAAAUGGGCAAAAGGGAGAUGCGCAAAAGUAUUGCGACUCUAUCGCUUCUUCGAUAAAGCUUUGGAAUAAACCCUCCCCUUACUUCAACCCUGGAUUCUUUGGCGGGCUUGAAGAUCUUUCUGCUCGUCUUUCUAUGAGCCCCAAGGAUUCGAGCCCCAGUGCUGGUAAAUGGAUUCCGAAGUUGAGUUCGGAUACAGUUAGCAAUUCGCUCUGGGGAACAUUUAAUAAGUUUGUUGCUGGCGAGGAGGAGGAGACCUCAAGUACAGUUGGUGGCGAAGGGGGUAUGAUGGAUGCUGUUGCGGGUCCAUUCACAAAGAUGGCUGGAUCCGGAAACGUGAGCCCUGAGAUCAGUAGGGUCCAGUCUAGUGUCGACCUUUACUCCGCGUACAAUAAUGCCCCUAGCUACACCUCCGCCCCUCCAGUGGCAGUUAAACCUUCCUCUCAAGCGGCAAAUAGAUAUGCUCCAAGUAACUCUUACCAACCGAAAAGCAGUCUUUAUGAGCCUAUAGUGAACCAGCGGGCUACUUCGGAUACCUACAAGCCUACUGGCUAUGGUGGAGGAUACGAGCCGAACUCUAACCCCCUCCCUCCACUGCAGCAAGCAGUCAAUCCUUACGACAACCCUGCUCCUAGCUCUGUAUCAACCGGAUAUCCAAGUGCAUCUACAUACGAUUCUAGGAGCUCUUUCGAGGAUGCAGCAUCAUCAAUAUCUAAACAAGAGACUAUGGAGAAUUCGGCCCCUGAACCUCAUCCACCUAGGUCCGGCUACCAACCUCCAUCUGCUGGUGGAUAUGAGCCUCCAUCUACGGACUUUACUCCUUACGAGCCGGAUAACAACGAUGACGAAACCAAGCACGACAAACUCAAGCCGAAGAAGUCAUUUAUGGACGACGAUGACGACGAGUUUACGAGAAAGGCUACCGAACAAGCGAGGAAACUGCAGGAAGAGGAGGCAAAGAAAAAGGCUGAAGAAAAGAAGAAUGCUGCUCAAGGUAUAUUUCCGCUGAUAGCUCCAACAUAAUUGGGUACGGGCUCUAACUUUGCAGAUGAAGGAAAAAGAGGCUGGUUUGGCGGUUGGUUCGGAAAGAAGGAUCCUAACCAACAAGGACCUAUCAAAGCGAAACUCGGAGAAGAGAGCUCCUUCGUUUACGAUCCAGAUCUUAAGCGUUGGGUAAAUAAGAAAGCUGGUGAUGCCACGGCAGCUGCCCCGAAGCCAGCGCCACCACCAAAGCGGGCCUCAACACCUACCUCCCAACCAUCUUCCACCCCAUCGACACCCGGAUUUCCACCCUCAGGGACUUCGUCCGCACCACCCACAUCCGGGCUCCACGCCCCCCCAACCUCACUCGGGAGGUCACCAACACCCUCUUCUGUACCCUCAAUAUCUACGCCUCCACCUCCUCCCGGACAUCCUGCAUCUACUCCACCUUCCACGGGUGCACUGGGUACAGGCCCCCCAAGCCGCCCGCCAACAUCCAUAAGCCAGCGCGCCGCAACAGGAGACACUAUUGACGACCUCCUUGGUCCUCCAGGUGCACCCCUUAGCAGAAAGAGCACGCCCGGGGGUGGAAAGAAGCGUGGGAAGAGCCGGUAUGUUGAGGUUAUUCCAGGGCAGUCAUAGUUGGAUUAGAUGAUUAUUGGCAUGUGCCUGUACAAAAGUUUCCUUUUUAAUAUUUGGUAGGGAUUAGGUGGGGAGGGGGGGGUUACUAGAUUUUCCUUUUACUUUGCGCUUUUCUUUUAUUCUGUGCGAUGGAUUAUGGGUUGCGUUAGUGCUUUCUCUUUUUCCUAACCGGAUUGACUGAAUGGGAUAGGUAAUGGAAUUAUAUUUUUAUACUACAACGC